UUCUAACAUGCUUUUCUUGUACUACAACUCGUCCACAACCGCCACCAUCUCCACCUUGGCCUCGACUUUUAUUGGCGGGACGUAGGGUCCCACCGCCGAAUCGAAAUAUCGUCUUCCUCAAGUCUCUUUCUCAUAAAUUCCUCUUCCAACCAACCUCUCUCAUCCCCAUCCCCUUUAUCUUCCUUGUAAAAAAACACAUUAAACUAACCAAGAUUUUCUCAUUUCUUCAUCUCUUCAAAACAAUCACUUUGGAUUCUCCAUUAAGGAAGCAAAUUGAGUUGAUUUUCAUUGAUAAUGAACAAGUUGUUUCUCUUUACUCUCUUCUUCCUGUUACGAAACCUGAAUCCUAUCUUUUCUCUUUCCCCUGACGGCCUUUCUCUCCUCUCUUUAAAAUCUGCCGUCGACCAACCCGCCGGUAACGACUCACCUUUCGCCGACUGGAACGAAAACGAUACCACGCCCUGCCGUUGGUCCGGCAUUUCCUGCAUGAACAUUACAGGUUUCCCCGACCCACGUGUCGUCGGGAUUUCUGUUUCCAGUAAGAAUCUCAGGGGCUAUAUUGCAUCGGAGCUCGGAACGUUAAUCUACCUCCGAAGGUUGAAUCUUCACAACAAUAACUUUUACGGUUCUAUACCCGACCAACUGUUCAAUGCUACGUCGCUUCACAGCUUGUUUUUGUACGGUAACAACCUGUCUGGUUCGCUGCCUCCUUUGAUUUGCAAUCUUCCGAGGUUACAGAACCUCGACCUCUCCAACAAUUCGCUGUCGGGUUCUCUGCCUGAUAAUCUCAAGAAUUGCAAGCAGUUGCAGAGGCUUAUUCUGGCUCGAAACAAGUUCUCCGGUGAAAUUUCUGGUGGGAUUUGGCCGGAAUUGGACAACUUAGUUCAACUCGAUCUUUCCUCCAAUGAAUUCAAAGGAUCGAUCCCCAGCACCAUCGGGGAGUUAAAUUCGUUGUCGACGACUCUCAAUUUGUCUUGCAAUCAUUUGUCCGGUAAGCUCCCAAAAACCUUAGGCGACUUGCCGGUCACCGUCAGUUUCGAUCUCAGAAACAACAAUUUAAGCGGCGAAAUACCCGAAUCUGGAUCUUUUGCUAAUCAAGGACCAACGGCAUUUCUAAACAAUCCUCUCUUAUGCGGGUUCCCUCUUCAAAAGCCCUGUAAGAAGUUCGAUAUAAUCCCUUCGGGGACUCAAAAUUCGGGUCCGAAUUUAAGCGAAACCCAGAAAAAAGGGCUCAGCCCUGGUUUGAUUAUAUUAAUAUCGGCAGCCAAUACCGCUGGUGUGGCUUUAUUAGGAAUAGUUAUAGUCUACAUUUACUGGAAAAAGAAGGAUUCAUCGAACAGUUGCAGUUGCACUGGAAAAAGUAAGUUUGGUGGUGAAAACGAUAAAAGGAGUCGUUGUUCUUUGUGUUCAUGCUUUGGGGUUCAAAAUGAAGAUUCGGAAUUCGAAGAACACGAGAAAGGGGAGAUGUCGGGGAAAGGGGAAGGUGAAUUGGUGGCCAUAGAUAAAGGGUUCAGCUUCGAGCUGGACGAGCUGCUGAGAGCAUCGGCUUAUGUGUUGGGGAAGAGUGGGCUGGGGAUAGUUUACAAAGUGGUGCUGGGCAAUGGGGUGCCGGUUGCUGUAAGGCGAUUGGGGGAGGGAGGAUCCGAUCAGCAGAGGUAUAAGGAGUUUGCUGCUGAAGUUCAAGCCAUUGGGAAGGUUAAGCACCCGAAUGUUGUGAAGCUUAGAGCUUACUAUUGGGCUCCUCAUGAAAAGCUUCUCGUCACUGAUUUCAUCUCUAAUGGCAACUUGGCUAAUGCCAUCAAAGGCAGGAAUGGUCAGCCAUCAGCAAACCUUACAUGGUCAAUAAGGCUAAAAAUAGCCAAGGGGUCCGCCCGUGGGUUGGCCUACCUUCACGAAUGCAGUCCGAGGAAGUUCGUUCACGGUGAUGUCAAACCAUCCAGCAUCCUUCUCGACAACGAAUUCCAACCCUACAUUUCCGAUUUCGGCCUAAACAAACUCAUCACCCUCACCAGCACCGGUCCCUCUUCAUCCGGCGGUGUCAUCGGUGGACUUCCUUAUAAGUCAUUCCAAUCGGAACAAAACAACAACUACCGAGCACCGGAGGCUCGAGUUACCAGCGGCCGACCAACCCAAAAAUGGGAUGUCUAUUCGUUUGGUGUGGUCUUACUUGAACUGCUCACCGGGAAGUCCCCCGAGCUAUCGCCGACCACGUCGACUUCCACGGAAAUCCCGGAUCUCGUGAGGCGGGUGAGGAAAGGAUUCGAAGAAGAAAACCCUUUGUCGGACAUGGUGGAUCCUAUGGUAUUACAAGAAGUGCAUGCAAAGAAGGAAGUGUUGGCCGUUUUUCACUUGGCCCUUGCAUGCACUGAAGCAGACCCUGAUAUUCGACCAACGAUGAAAACUGUUUCCGAGAAUCUUGAAAGAAUUGGGACAUAAACUAAGAACACAUGUUUGUUUGUUUGUCCGUGACAGUGACUUUUUUUUUCUAGGGAUCGGAGAUUGGCCAUUCAUUUUCUGUAAAUGUAUUCCAGGUUAGGUCCAAAAUUUUCUUGAAGGUUCAGCAGUUUCUGGGAAGUUUAUU